AUGGUCGACUUGGCUGAUCUUGCUGUUGGUGAGCUCAUGCACAACCUCCGCCUGCGAUACAAGGCCUCGCCUAUGGAGUACUACACUUAUGUCGGCGACGUGCUCGUGGUGAUCAACCCGCUCGAGGACAAGGGCCUCAUUUCGCCGCAGCAUGUCGAGAUGUACAAGGGCUCGCGCCUCGCCCAUGACCCGCCGCUCAGCCCACACAUCUUUGCUGUCGGUGCAGAGGCCUACGCCCGCAUGCUCGACUCGGCCACCAACCAGUCCAUCGUCGUCUCAGGCGAGUCAGGCGCAGGCAAGUCCGAGUCGACCAAGCAUGUCCUCCACUACCUCGCUGCCGUCGCCACUGCCAGUGCCUCUUCUUCAUCACUUUCAUCUCCCUCCAUCAACGAUAAGAUCCUCGCCACUUCAGAGGUGUUGGAAGCUUUUGGCAAUGCCAAGACCUCGCGCAAUGACAACUCGUCGCGGUUUGGCAAGUUUGUCCAGAUCCAAUUCUCCACCUCGGGCGCCAUUGUUGGCGCCGCCAUUGAGCAGUACCUCCUCGAAAAGUCGCGCAUCGUUGCCCAGGAGCCUGGCGAACGCAACUACCACAUCUUCUACAUGAUCUUUGCCGCCCUCCCGCCGCCCCGCCUUGCUGCCCUUGGCCUCACCACUGUCACGGACUACCGCUAUCUCAUCGGGCCCGAUGGCGCUAAUGCAGCCUCUUACGGCUUUGACAAGGCUGGCGAACCCCUUGACGAUGCUGGUCGCUACGAGAGCUUCCUUGCCCACCUCGCCACCCUCGGCUUUGGCGACAACUUUGUCGACGCCAUGCUCGGUGUCAUCGCAGCCGACGACACUGCCCGCGUGACUGUCGUCGAUCCGGCCCCGCUCGUCAAGGCUGCAGAACUGCUCGGCAUUCCUGGCGGCCCAGACGCGCUCGAGCUUGCGCUCACCACUGUCCGCAUCGGCGACAACGUCGCCAAGAACCUGACGCCAGUCCAGGCCUCUGACACCACCGAUGCACUGGCCAAGGCCGUCUACGGCCUCUUCUUCGAGGGCCUUGUCGAGAAGCACAUCAACGGCGUGCUUGCCGGCGCCGGCGCUGCCACAUGGAUCGGUGUCCUCGACAUCUUUGGCUUUGAGUCGUUUCAGGAAUCGCUACCCGACGGCUCUGUCGAGACUGCCAACAAGUUUGAGCAGCUCUGCAUCAACCUCACCAACGAGGUUCUCCAGCACUACUUUUUCGAGUCGCUCAUCCCCGCUCAAGCCGCAAAGUACGCCGUAGAGGGCGUGACCGUCGACUCGGUUGUCUAUCGCGACAACGCCGGGUGCAUCGACCUUAUCAUGGGCCCCAAGGCCUCGCUGCUCUCGCUCCUCGACUCUGUCACCAAAAUGGCCUCCGUCUCCCGCGACAUGCAGGCAAAUCCCCGUGCCGCAGACGCAAAGUGGCUCGCAGACAUUGUUCGCAAGUAUGGCAAGCGUAAGACAGGCCCGCUGGCACCCGCAGACUGGAAGCGCGACAAGGCUGACUUCUUCGGCUGGCAUCUCAAGCCCGACAUGCGCCACCACAAGCACGAGACAGACUUUUUCAUCCACCACUACGCCGGCCUUGUCUGGUACACCUCCAUCGGCGCAGUCCAAAAGAACAUGGAUGCCCUCUCCCAAGACUGCUCUGAUCUCCUCGCCACCUCCACCUCGCCGCUCGUCGCUGGCCUCGCCGCUCAUGCUUCCACCCGGGACAGCGACGCCGCUGCACAGUCUUCCCGCGCCCGCGCCUCUCGCCGCACCGUCGCCUCCAAGUUCUCUGCCUCGCUUCGCUCGCUCUCGUCUGCCCUCGCCUCGACCCAGGCCCUUUUUGUUCGUUGCGUCAAGCCCAACUGCGUCAUGCGCAAGGGCGGGUUCUUUGAAGAUUGGAAGGUCCUUGACCAGCUUGUCUCCGCCGGCAUGUACGCCAUCAUCGAGAUGCGCCUUGCCGGCUUUCCUCUGAAGGCCGCUGCCGCCAGCCCCUCACCCUCAUCCAUUGAUGAGACUCUCUCGCUUCUCCUCAAUCAUCUCAUUGCUGCGGCCCUUGAUCUCGAUGUCCUUGAUCGCAUUGCGCCGCUCCCGCCUCCCGAGGCAGACGACGUCUCCGACGACCCAGCUCAGGCUCGUCCGCGCACCCGCCUGUUGGACCCAUCUGAGAUGUACGCCAUCGGCCACUCUAAGAUUCUCCUCAAGGACAAGUUGUGGCAGGCGCUCAAUACUGUCCGCACUGCGGCCCUGCGCGCUCUCGCCGAGCGCAAGCGGGUCGCCGCUGCCCAUCUCCGCGCCCUCGCUGACACGUAUCGAGCCCUUGCCCGCCUUCCUGAUCUCCGCGCUGCCGCUGCCGCCCUUGCGCGCCGAAACGAGCGCAAGCGCGCGCUCAUCGCCGCCGGAGCCUCGCCCGAUGAGGCCGAGGCCCAGCUCGCGGCCGAGGAGGCCGCUGCUGCCGCUCGCAAGGAGGCUGCCUUUCGCGCCCGGGUCUUUGAUCCACUCGCCGCCGACGCCGCCCGCUACGCCUCAGCUACAGCCUCGGAGCUUGCUCUCCUCGACGACUUUGUCGCCUCGGCCCUUCACGACGCCGAAAAGACCAUGCUUCGGAAGGCCAAGGCCGCGCUUCGCCCUGCUCGCGCUGCUGCUACCGCUGCGAUUGACACCUUUUCCGCUGACGUCCACGACGAAGCCAAGGCCGCCCUCGCCGCCGCAUCUCUUGCCGCAUGGUCGUCGGCGCUUGAGAACGUCACUCACGCUCUCGACCAGGCUCGCGCCCAGCGUGCCCGCGCCAUUGCCCUCGCCGAAGAGCAGCGCCUCGCUGCCAUCCAAGCCCUUAAGGAUGCCAAGCGUCAGGAGCAGAUUGCCGCCGCCCGCGCCGCCAUGGCCGCGCAACAGCGCGAGAUCGAGGAAAAGCUUGCUGUCCGCGAGCAGGAGCGACACCGUCGCGCUGCAGAGUCGGCCCAGCUCAAGCGCAAGGCUCUUGCCGAAGCACGCAAACUCCGCGCCGAGCGGCAGGCGUUCCAGAUGCAUCUUCGCCGCGAGCGCAUGCUGCUGGAGGAGCAGGAGGCCCGAGCCCGAGCCCGUCGCGACCGCCGUGCUGCCAAGGCCGCCAAGGUCCUCGCUGCCCGCACCAAGGCCCUCGCCGAUCUUCCAGUCAAGUUUGAAGACACCCUCGCGGCUGUCAAGUACGUCGGCUCGCUCCCGUUCCCGGGUGCUGGUGAGUUUGUUGGCAUCGCCGGCCCGCGCCACUACGGCGAGGUCGGGACCAACGGGUUUUGCAUGGGCAUCCAGUUCUUUGCCUGCGCCCCGGGCCACGGCGUCUUUGUCCGCCCAGACCUCCUGCACAUCAUCAAGUCGCCACAUGCCUUCCGCCGAGGUGAUCGGGUCUGGCGCCUCCACACCCACACUAUGGGCGUGGUUCGCUACGUCGGCGCCACCCAGUUUGCCGCCGGCACCUGGGUCGGCAUCGAGGUUGACGCCGUUGGCACCGGCAAGAACGACGGCUCGCUCGACGGCGUCCGCUACUUUGACGCCCCGCCCGCCACUGGCCUCUUCCUUCGCCCCUCGCAGCUGGGUCUCGCCAUCCCGUGGUCCACCGAAUUUGUCGACGCGGCCACUGACGCGUGGUGCACGAUGAACGGGAUCUGGAUCGACGCCGACGGCGAAGACCUCGACGAAGAGGACGACGAAGAGCUUUUCGCCCGCCUACGCGAGCUCCAGGAUCGCGAAAAGGCUAUCGCGGGACAGGUUGCUGCCAUGGACAUCGACCUGGCCGAGGACGAGCUUGGCGUGCUCAAGGCUCGUGUCGAGGACGUCGAACGAGUCCGCGAGCUUGUCGCUGGUGGCAUGGUCCAUCUCGACCCGCCAGCGGCCUCGCCCUCACCGUAACCCACACUCGGUUCACUUUACACAGGCUUGGUCACUCGGCAAUAGACUGCCACCGACAAGUUAUCCAGCGCGUUGGGAUCUGCCCUCUCCUCGGCGGCAUUCAGGAUCGCCUCCCCGGCCGCCGCGGCGCGCAUCUCGGGCUGAAUGAUCUCAUCGAGGAGCGCCUGGACCGAGAUGCCACCCCAGACCCCGUCCGAGGCCAGGACCACGUACUGGACGAGCGAGACGGCGUUCGGCGGGACGUCCACUCCGAGUACAUUGCCCUUGCCGAGCGGAAUCCGUGUUGUCGACGGCGUGGCCACCGUGCCCGGCGAGCCGACGUCGCCC